AUGGAAGAGAGAAAUGGUCAAGGAAGAAAAAAGACGGCGAAAAAAGUUACGGACUGGAAAGCCGAGGCUCAAAAGUGGAAAAAGGAGACCCAGCAACUACGAAGAAACGCAAAGGCUCGCGAAAGGCUAACUGAGGAAAACCGUAGAAUCGCAGAGGAUAAAUGGAAAGGCAAUAAAAAGUUUGCCAGACUCCAGUUAAAGGUUGGCGACAAGCUUAGCAAAAUCGGUGAAAAACCGAAGGAAAUCCUGAAACCCAUUCUAGCCAAACACGCCAUCAAGAAAAAGGUAAAGAAGUAUGUCAUCACCCCAAACGGUAACUACGACCCGGCCUACUUCCUAACCAUCACGGAAGACGAGGUUAAAACACUCAUAAAUUCCGAAAAGGAACCCAGGAACGUAAGGAUGUCCCUGGCCUACGAAAUGGUAAGGAGCGACACGAAAACCGGUGAAGAAGUGUCAAAAAACUUCGGAUCAAAAAACCACAAACUUAUCGGGGAUGGG